AUGGUGCCGCCCGCUCAACCACUUCAUCGCCAUCAAAAGUCUCUAGAGGGUAUCAUAGACUUCUCAUCGCGCGAACCCUUGUCUGAGUCUCAUCGCGCCUCCGCUAUUCGUCGGUUUUAUCAAGUCAUCAAGCAUUUUAAUGGUAAUGACAUUAAACGAGGUCAAGACCAAUACGAUAAAGUGAAGCUUGUUCGCUUCACUUACGAAUAUUCUACCAGCCAAGUGUCUAAAGAUAAUGUUUUGAUCGCUGUUUUUGAGUUUUUGAAACUAUCAAUUACAUCUGAAGAGGAUAUCGACUUUGAAGAUGCCACGUACCGAAGCGAACUGAAGACCCACCUGUAUGAAUUCGCCGACUAUCUGGUCGACAACUUCUUUCUCCCGCUCAAAGCAUCCACCAAAAAGACACCACAACCAACACCAGCAUCUCACUCAGCUGUCAUAAAAACCCAACGCCAGGGCCAUGUCUUUUCUGGGACGCCAGAGCGUCUAGCCAGCCUCAGAGGUGCCUGCCUCAUACGAGAUCGGUAUCGCUGUGUUAUUUCACGCAAGUUCGACAGAGCUGAAGCUCUUAAGCGCUUCCAGCAACAAGGCGGAAGCAAGGCUGUUGAUCAAGACGGUGUUCCCUUGGCUGAUCCUGGGCAAAGGUUCGACUAUCUGGAGGUCGCACACAUACUUCCACACUCUCUCACUCAGCUCAACUCUUCUAAAGAGCUGAACUCUUCAAAAGUUGCGGCACUGGCGAUACUCAAUAUGUUUGACAGUGGUAUUGCCCACUUGAUCGAGGGAAUCGACAUUGAUCGUCCGUGUAAUGCUCUGACACUGACUCUAAGUCAUCACGUGUCCUUUGGUGACUUUCGCGUCUACUUUGAGCCUGUCGGAGAUACACCGCAUACAUAUCGUAUAGGCACAUUUCUACCGCCUGGUCUUGCAGAAGAUGUCCCCGUUACUCGAACGUUUUUCCUUACUGAGGACAAGAACAUUGAUCCACCGUCGUCUCGAUUCCUUGCCGUUCACCGUGCUAUCGCGCAUAUCCUGCACCUUUCUGCCGCGGGCGACUACAUCGAUGACAUGCUGAGCGAUGUUGAGGGAUUUGGCAUUCGUUCAGAUGGGUCUACUGACCUGUCUCGACUACUGAAAUUGAGAUUUGAUGAUUGGGCAGUUGGAGAGGUCCACGGAUGA